ACAUGUAUGCGAGUUCAGAGACAUUUAUAAUGUUUAUUAUAAAAAUAAAUUGUAGAUAGAUAUAGUAUGGAAUCUAAAAACGAAAUUAAUAAAAUUUCCAAACCGAAAACAACACCUCAGACUCCGAGUAAAGAUAGAACGAUACCAUCUACAUCUAGAGACGUGGGACGAGUGAUUGUGGUCAAAGAUGAUCCCCAAUCUCUCAUACCAUGGUACAGAAAACUAUGGAAAUAUUUAUAUAAUAACGAAAAAGGUACAGUAUGCGAAAGAUCACAGAAAAGUUGGUUGUACAUUACUGGAUAUUCAAUCAUAUACCUUUUAUUCCUUUGCACGUAUACUAUGAUAUUUUUGUACGCAACAUUAUCGAUCAUAAAAAUGCAAGGAGAUUAUCAAGUUAUUGAUAAAACUUCACUUCUAACAUACUCCGAUCAUGGUAUAGGAUUAUCUGCUACGCCUACUGGACUCAGCAAUACACCAUUAAUCUGGUACAAAGAGAAUGAUGAGAAGAGUUACCAGAAAUAUGUUAAAGCGAUAGACGAGUUACUAUCAGAUAAUGUCAGAAAAAGAGUUAACAGGACCGAGUUAGGUCCUUGUGGACAUCCUCCGUAUGGAUAUGGCGAGAAACCUUGCAUUGUUGUCAGAGUAAAUAAACAUAUAGGUUGGUCUGUCAAUCCUAUACAUGCAAAUUCAACUUAUUACAAAGAUGUUCCAACACAUAUAAAGAAAUUAGUAGAAAAUAAACAAAAGAAGUUGUUUCUAUCAUGUGAUGGGUUUCAUUCUUAUGACAAGGAGCAUAUUGGUAAAAUAGAAUAUUUUCCUGAUCCUCCAGGAAUAGAUGUGAAUGUAUUUCCUUCAGAUAUACAAGGAAGUUCGCCAUUGUUAGCUGUACAGAUAUCAGAAUUUACGUUGGGCAUGUCAAUAGCCGUUGAAUGCAAGAUGUGGUACGAUGGACCAACGUCAUCGUUACAUUUCCUACUCUACGUCACACCUAAGAAUGUAUCAGUGUAA